AUGAAGUACGACUUUGAUGCUCCUGGCGCGAAAGUGCUACCACCAGCGAAAUUGGCGCACGUUGUCCUGCGGACAAGCAAUUUUGCGCCAAUGGUGCAGUUCUACAAGACAUUUCUAAGUGCCUCACCAGCCUUUGAGAACGAUACUUUCUGCUUCAUGAGCUAUGACGAAGAACAUCAUCGAAUUGGCAUUAUCAACAUCCCCAUUGUCGGACCAAAGAAUGUCCUAACAGCGGGCCUUGAGCAUAUUGCCUUCACCUAUGACACGCUUGAUGAGCUAGCCAUGUCUUACCUGCAACGAAAGGAGAAUAACAUACGACCGGUGUGGACUACAAAUCAUGGUGCGACGACGAGUAUCUACUAUAAAGAUCCUGAUGGAAAUAUCCUGGAGACCCAAGUGGACAACUUCGACACCAACGAGGAGACGAAUGCAUUCAUCAUGUCGGAAGCCUAUCAAACGAAUCCAAUUGGUGUGGACUUCGACCCGGAACAUCUGGUCAGUAGACUGAAGUCAGGAGAGGACCAUGCUUCCAUCAAGCGUCGCACAGAAAUUGGUCCUAGAUCAAUCGACACUGUCCCUCGCGAGUUUGUAGGGGAUGUGCACGCUAGCCCGUAA